AAGCAAGAAAAUUAAAAUUAAAGGGUGGGUGAAGAAUGCAUAGAGAAAGCAAGAAAAGAAAGUGUGCUAGUGUGCUAGGGUGCUUAAGGGUGCUUAAGAAUGCGUGUAAGGGUGCUAGUGUGCUAGUGUGCUUAUUAAAGCAUUUUCCCCAUUUUUCUCUAAGGUGAUUUGCUAGUCUCCGGCGCUCUUCUCCAGUGUAAAAGGAAAGAAAAUGUCUGAACCAUCGGAGAACUUCCGGCCGGCUCCAAUGAAAUUAGAGUCAUUCGUCGGCACCGAUACCUCCUCCUCCAUCUCCUCUUGGUCACAAUCGCUGCAAACUCAGCCGUCCAAAGUCGCCAUUUUGGCUGACCUUAAUAUUGAACCACCUGAGGCCGACGGCAUUGAUUGUCUCCCCACCGCCGUCUCCACUCUAUCUUCCGACACAACUCCAAGGAUAGCCACUGAUGAUAGUAGCCAACAUAAGACGAGCAAAUAUGUGGAAGGGAUGGAUGUAGAAGGUAAACAAAAGAAGUUAGGGAAAUGUCGGUCAAGAAUUAGUAAGGUAGACAACAGUCUUGAUUGCAAUGGAGCUGAUGCUGAAGUUGAACAGAACGGUCUCGGAACUUCAUCACGCGACGAAAAAGUUAGCAGCCUUAAAAAUGGAUUGAUACAUGUUGUGCGCAAAAUGCCUAAGAAUGCUCAUGCCCAUUUUAUACUUGGUUUAAUGUAUCAAAGGAUGGGUCAGCCUCAAAAGGCAACUUUAGAAUAUGAGAAAGCAGCAGAUAUCUUAGUUCGGCCUGAAGAAGUAGUAGACAGGCCAGAGUUACUAUAUCUGAUCCAUAUACAUCACGCAGAGUGUAUCUUGUUGGGAACCUUAGAUGACUGUGGUUCUGGAAAGGAAUUGGAAACUAAGGAACUGGAGGAGAUUCUUGGUAGGCUGAAGGACUCCAUGAAAUCUGAUGUUAGACAGGCACCUAUUUGGAACAUACUAGGCUUAAAACUUCUAAGAACUGGUCGUUUGCAGAGUGCUAUAUCAGUUCUGUCCGCUUUAUUAGCAAUUGCCCCUCACAACUUGGAUUGCCUUGGAAAUCUUGGACUCACCUACCUUCAAAGUGGGGAUUUAGAGCUUUCAGAAAAGUGCUUCCAAGAUUUAAUUAUGAAAGAUCCAAACCAUCCUGGUGCUUUGGUCAACUUUGCUGCUCUUAUGCUGUGUAAAUGUGGCUCAGUUGUUGCAGGUGCUGGAGCAAACGGAAAUUGUGUGGCGGUCUCUGACCAGAUUGCCGCAGCCACUGUUGCCAAGGAGUGUUUGCUAGCAGCUACCAAUGCUGAUCCCAAAGCGGCUCAUCUAUGGACAAAUCUUGCUAAUGCAUAUUAUUUGGCUGGUGAUCACCGAAGUUCAGACAGAUGUUUUGAAAAGGCAGGGAAACUGGAACCAAAUUGUUUAGCUACAAGAUUUGUCAUUGGAGUUCAUCGAAUCAGGGAUGCUGAGAGGUCUCAAAAUCCCAGUGAACAAUUAUCUUGGGCCGGAAAUGAAAUGGCUUCAAUACUUAGAGAAAGUGAUUCAAGCCUGAUAGAGUCUCCAGUUGCAUGGGCUGGUCUUGCAAUGGCUCACAAAGCCCAGCAUGAAAUUGCAGCUGGAUUUGACAUUGAUCAUAAUGAAUUGUCAGAAGUAAAAGAACGUGCUAUUUUUAGUUUAAAACAGGCAGCUGCAGAAGAUCCUGAAGAUGCCAUUCAUUGGCACCAACUUGGCCUUCAUUUUCUCUGCACCCAACAGUUUAAAAUGUCACAGAAGUACCUCAAGUCUGCAGUUGCAUCUCUCAAGAGCUCCUACGCCUGGUCAAACCUCGGUAUAUCCCUGCAUCUGUCAGCUGAGCCUUCAUGGGCAGAAGAGGCAUAUAAACAGGCUUUGGCAUUGGCGACUCCUCAACAAGCGCACGCGAUAUUUUCCAACCUCGGCAUCCUCUAUCGCCAACUCAGGGAUUUUGAAUCUGCCAAGGCAAUGAUCACAAAGUCUCUUGAACUGCGACCUGGUUACGCACCCGCAUACAACAACUUAGGUCUCAUCUUUGUGGGCGAGGGCAAGUGGGAGGACGCGAAGUUCUGCUUUGAACGGGCAAUCCGGAGCGACCCGCUGCUCGAUUCGGCUAAGUCCAACAUGAUCAAAGCCAUGAACAUGCAUAGGAUGUACACCAGCAUGUCCUCGUAUCUGUGAUUAUAUUAGUACAUACAUGAGUUGCACAUUGUGCCUUAUUUACAAUAGGACUGUUUGGUAUUGCAAUCGCAUUUUAAUAAAUAUUUUCCAUUUUU